AUGAAAGUUUGGACCAUUUUCCUUGGCUUGAUUGGGACAUUUUCGAGCUGUUGCUUCGCGGCACGGAGCAUUCGACUUUCCGGCGAAGUCGCUGGUUCAGUCUGUUUGGGGACUUUACGGCGUGCGAACGUGCGGCAGUGUUACUUAAAGGUCCUUGUGAGAUUCGAAGAGCCAACGGUGCGGAUACGCAACGGUCAGCUCACAUACACACUCGCAGCACACAGUGUCUCAGCUCGGCGGUCUUGGUUUUGCAUUGUGAACCGUGCGGCAUACCAGGUCAUUUCAGGCAAGCUAACAGGGUAACAAGCUUACACAAGGAGCACUGAAAAGGAAGGAGCACUCCUGGCCCAAUUUCGACAUCAAAGACGGCAACAACGGCGGCCAGAAUUUUCUCACGUUUGGAUAGUGUCGAGGAGGUGCAACGCGGU